AUUUUAUAGAACCAUGUUUGUAGUAACGCGGCAGCGGUUUAAUGCAGUUGUGUUUUCGUACCUUUUCAAAUUGUAAAGUGCCGCGUAAUAUGGUAAAUCUGUGUUUACGCUAGUGAUAAGAUUAGAACGCAUAAAGAGGAAGUGAAUUAGUAAUACUAAAAUAGCAUGCAAUUGAAAAAUUUCAUGUUUUUUAUUUUUAAAAUUGUGUCAUUCACUCCUAUGGAAAACUUCUUGUGAAAGUGGCUUACAUACGUCAAAAGAUCAAUUAAAAUCAAUUUGAUUCAAUUCGCGAACGGCGCGCUCGUAUGGCCCCAGACAAAUCUUAAUGCGCAUGGGUUUCAAGACACAUACAAAUAGACGAAUGAGUAUGCAUAGGUUCUAAUUGGACAAUAAUACAAGAUAUAUGUAUGUACAAAGUGUGCGAAAAAGUGUGUUUGCAGAAAAGCGCAGAAUUUGAGAAACAAUAACAAUAAACAAACUGAUUUCACCGAUUAACUUACGCUUACAUGUGUAAAUAUAUAAAAAACAAUAGUUUUGAGUAAAGCAUACACAAUGACUGACGAAAGUUUACACACAAUACCGUUGGAGCACAACAUCGACUAUCACAUUAUGUCGCUUUUCGAGCGCUUGGAAGCGAUGCGCAAAGAUUCACAUGGCCAUGCCAUCAACAACCGGCUUUCGAGUACGCAGCAACAGAAACGCAAAAUGCAAGGAGAGAUACGAACAUUGGAAUUUUGGAGAUCCAUAAUCAGCGAAUGCUUGGCGUCCUUCUUUUAUGUGUUCAUCGUUUGCGGGGCGGCAGCUGGCGCCGGCGUAGGUGCCAGCGUUUCGUCAGUGCUGCUGGCAACCGCUUUGGCUUCUGGACUGGCAAUGGCAACACUAACUCAGUGCUUUAUUCACAUAUCGGGUGCCCAUGUAAAUCCUGCUGUGACUUUGGCUGCAUGUAUCAUACGCGCCAUAUCCCCAGUUCGUGCUGCUAUGUACAUAACGGCUCAAUGUGGCGGCGGCAUCGCUGGAGCGGCUUUACUUUAUGGUGUCACCGUACCUGGUUAUCAAGGAAAUUUACAAGCUGCCAUAUCUCAUAGCGCCUCGCUAGCCGCUUGGGAACGUUUUGGUGUGGAGUUUAGCCUGACUUUUGUCGUUGUGCUUACUUACUUUGUUUCAACCGAUUCCAUGAAGCGCUACAUGGGCAAUUCGGCCGUCUCAGUGGGAGCUGCGUAUAGCGCAUGCAGUUUCGUUUCUAUGCCGUAUUUGAAUCCGGCUCGUUCGCUGGGUCCUUCGUUUGUUCUUAAUAAAUGGGAUAAUCACUGGGUUUACUGGUUCGGCCCACUGGUUGGCGGCAUAGCAUCUGGCUUACUAUUUGAAUACGUUUUCAGUUCGCGUCGAAACACACGUGCACAUAAAUCGAGCGUGGACAAUGACUCUUCCUCCAUACAUUCCGAAGAUGAUUUGAACUUUGAUGUAGACGUCGAAAAAUCUCACGCACCGGCCAAAUAUUCCCAAGGCACAUAUCCACGUGGUCAAACAAACACUAAAUCGGCAAUUGCAAGUAACACUGGCACCGUUUCUAGUGGCACCAACUACUGCCAAAACCUCUAUACUGCGCCUCCCCUAACUAAGUUCGACCAACCAGAGCCACUAUAUGGAGGUACUCGCUCGCUAUACUGCCGAUCACCCACACUUACACGCACAAAUCUGAAUCGUUCACAGUCCGUUUAUACAAAAAGUAAUACGGCAAUAAAUCGAGAAAUUGUACCUCGUCCAGGCCCACUGGUACCAGCUCAAAGUUUAUAUGGUAUGCGUAUGACACAAACGCAAACACAGGCACAAUCAUCACAUCUGCAAAACCAGAAUGUGCAAAAUCAGUUGCAGCAACGUUCAGAAAGCAUAUAUGGUAUACGAGGGUCAACGAGACAAUCACAUCAGCAGCAACAGCAACAGCAACAUCAGCACCAAUCGCAACAGCAACAGCAACACCAACACCAGCAUCAUCAGCAACAGCAGCAGCAACCACAUCAACAACUUCAUCAACAUCAAUCAGCACAACAACCAAGUCACCAUCAAUCUCAGCAACCAAGUCAAGAUAGUCAACAAGGCUUCCAGCCAGUAUAUGGCACUCGUCAUAAUCCUAAUCCACUCGAUGGUAAUAUCAAAUAUGAUCGCCGCCCUGAAUCGGCGUACGGUAUGGCAGUGCAUCGUAAUCGCGGUCAAUCGGCGCAAUCGGAUGAUAGCUCAUAUGGAUCCUACCAUGGAUCAGCAGUAACACCUCCAGCACGUAAUCAAAAUGGUGGUGAACCGAUUCUUAUGUAUGCACCACCACCACCAAUACCAUCAAAUCAUUCACAAGUAGGCGCACCACCCAUGCGCACGCAAUCAGAACGCAAAGUAACGGCACCAGUUGUGGUGUCACAAUCUUCGCAGAUCACAACCGGCGUUGUCACAUAUGCGACGAAUUCGGGCCAAGGUGUUCCACCACCUCCUCAACAGACGACACAACAACAGCCUCAACAGCAACCUCCACCGCAACAGCAGCAGCAGCACCAACAGCAAUCGCAACAACAACAUAUUUUAGUGCAGCAACAUCAAACAUCUCAACAGCAACACUAUGGAAUGUUGCCGAUGCGAACCAAUUGAAGGAAACUCUAAUGAGGUUUCGUUUAUAGGUUAAUGUGUGGGUCCAAAUUGAGACCUAUUGCACACUUAUACAUAUUUAUGUAGGCAUGUAAAUAGUGCAAGUGAAAAAAGAAGGGUGUAUGGAUAAUCCUGCACAAUCGCAAGAUGUGUGUGUCUAUUGGACGCAAUAUUUCCUGAACUGUUAUGAAAAGUCAUAUACAAGUAUGUACAUAUGUAUGUAUGCAUAGAGUGCUUCUUAUUUGACCUAAAAAAAAACAUUUUUUAAUUAUUUAUUUAUUUUUUUUAUAUAUUUUUUUUCACGUGCCAUGCUUUUAUUAUAUUCUUUAAAAAAUUUAGAAAAAGUAGUUAUUAUUUUCAGGAUUUUUAUUAAUUAAUUAAAAUGAAAGAAAAAUAGGAUAAUGUAGCAUAAAUCGCACUGUUGAUUCAAGAAAUGGUACGUACUAUUUCCUAAUAAUGAAGAUUUCUUUGUAUUAGGGUACUUUUACGAGUAUCUGUAAUUCAUCGCAGUGAAAUGCCCAACGCGGCAAUAGGGGCGUGCUGCAUCAGGAGAUAUUCAAUGGCACUAUUUAUCAAAUUUAUAUAAAUAAUUCAAGUGUUUCGCCUGCGAUAAUUUGGAAGAGAGUAUAUUAUUAUUUUCGCAAACUUUGGCACAUGGUAGCGACCGGUAAAACUCAGCCAAAAUAAUCAAAAAAUCGAUCGUUAUUUAGGUGAAAGAAGCGAAUGGCAAGUUGACGCGGCUACUUUUCGAAAGUUAAAAAAUAAGAAGCACCCUAUAUAAUUAUCCCACUAUAAAUAUAUAUCAAACAUACACACAUAUGUACAUAUCUAUGUAGGUAUGCACUCGAAGGCCUAUUAAAAUUAAGUCUUUGAAAAAGUGGUAAUUAAUUUAUAAUUUUGAAAAACUUUCACAACUACCAUAUAAAACCAUAUGUACAUACAUACAUACGCAUUGUUGUGCUCAAAAAAUAUAAAUGAUAUUACUUUAGUUUACGACAAUCUUAUUACUACACAUAUAAAGGGUCAUUCAAAAGACGCGCCUAGAAAAACAAGUAAAAAUUUAGAUUUUUUCAGUUUUCACUAUUUUUAUUCAAAAUACGGCACUUAACAAUUAUAUAUGAAAAAUGUCAUAAUUUAAAUGCCCUCCACUAGCACGUCUACAGACUGUCAGAGGAGAAUUCAAAUAAUUUCAAAUUAAAGGACUCGCUCACAUGCUAUCGCAUUAUCGUUGCGCAGAUCCACAAGUAAGAACGAUCUCUGCUGGUCGCCAAAAAAUGCCCACGGCUGAGAUCACUUGAUUCCAAAAUCCUCUUUUCUGUAACAUGGUUGCAUAAAAAAUCAUUAAAUUUCAUAGAAAAUCGUAAAUCAUAAACGAAAAAAUCUGAAAAAUGUCGUACAAAUUUAGUUGUUUCUCAAUAAAAAAGCAUUUUUAUAGCUAAGAAAUCUAUUUAAAAUAUUUUUUUAUUGUAGAAUUAACAAAGAUAUUUUUUUUGUCUAUAUUCUAAUGUUUUUAAUGUUAGCAUAAAAUUCUAAUUUGGCAUAGCAGUCCCGCCAAUACGCUCAAGCAAAAAGUCCUAGCACUCAACCAUCACACACCUAGGCGCCUGACAGACUCGCACCUAAAUAGGUGUCUGUCAAAAAAAUAGAAAGAAGCAGAGUGUUUUUAGUUGUAAUUUUGUACAAUGCAAUGAGUUCAGCAAUCUCGAUCCGAAUAUUGUAUUUCAGCUCUAUUGGCUUAUUCGCAUAGACUUUAUUUUUCAAAAAAACCCCAAAAAAAUAGUCUAGUGGAGUUAGUUUGCGUAAUCUAGGUUUUGUAGUUUAUGUAUUAUGGAGACUUAGAUCGCAAUAAUGCAAUGUUCUUCCGUGUUGUGUGACUUGUGGCUCCUUCCUGUUGUAAAUAAAGAUUGUCUAUGUCUAUUCCUUCAAGGGCAGGCCACAAAAAAGCUUCAAUCAGUUGUCUAUAGCGAUGUCCAUUGACAGUAAAAACACUUUCAUUUACAUCUUCAGCUUCGCGAGAAAAACGGGCCGUUUAUUGCACCAGCCCAAAAACCACACCAAACAGUACAUUUUAGUGAAUGUAAUAUCGAUACAUCUGCCUACUUGACAGAUGUCAAAGGUGACAUAAAACAUCUAAGCGUCACUUUUGAAAAAUCCUUUAUAAGAAUGUUGUUACAUAUACACAGACAUACACUCGUAUUAAGAUAAAAAUAGAUGUAUAAUAAUUCCAAUUGCGUGGAACUAAUAAUUGGCUGUAAGUUUUAGGAAAGAGACGUGUACACCCAUAUAUAGUUAUAAGUGAAUUUGCAUUCAUGUUCCCGGUUUUAGAACUCAGCAACUUUACAUAUAAGUAAACAAGAAGACUAAAGUUUAGAAAGUAUUAUAAAUUAAAUGUAUGUUGUUGUUUUUUCAACAACAUAGUAUUAUAUACAUACAUACAUACAUAUAUAAGUAUGUAAGUUGGUAUAAAUUUGUAUCGAUAGGUAUUGUUGCAUUAGAAAUAUUAAUUGUAUUACUCCAAUUACCAUAACUUCACAAGGUUCUUUUUUUAGAAUAAGUUUCGUUUUAAAUAAAUUCUUUAAAUCUAAGAUUUUAAGUAACCGUUAAAUCAACGUAAUUGCAAGAGCUCAAAAUAAUAAUUAUUGCAUUGGUUAUUAUAAACCGUAUUAAAAAAUUUUUUCAUACAGUUCGAUAUAUUUCAAUUUUUGGUCUUACAGCAAACGCGCAAUACU